GUUCGACUUACCACCUACGUAAAGGCUGGGCAGGGUGAGCGGCCGGCAGUGGCGCGCGUAGAAAAUGCCAUGUUAGCAGCGAAAAGAGCCGGUGUUAAACAUGCAGAUCUAGCCACACACAAACAGGCGUCUCAGUCGUCAUGGUCUUGGAAAGAGGGGCGUUCGGCUCGGUCGAGGCUCUUAUUGGGUCUCUCGAGGGCGGGAGGUGUGGGUACGGUGAUCUCUCCAUCAUAAUAGCGCCUCUAAAAACCAUGCGGUCUAGCAGCCAGCGUGGGGGUGGGCCGGCCAGAAAUCCACUUGUGAUAACGAAGCAGCAGUAGCAAGCGUCUCUCAAGUCUCCUUUGGACGUGUGACGUCGGUCUUUGACAAACGUUUCUGUGCGAGGACGAGUGAGGCAUGCUGGAUAUCUGCGGGCGAAAUCGGAGCAACAUCUGUCUGCAGCAAGGGAUUCCCACCCACAGCGGGGAUAGGGUCUAUGUUUGGUAGCAUAUCGUUUUGUGGCGUAGAGGGGUCCUCUGGUCGGCCAUCAGAUUUCAAGCAUGGCCAACAUGCUAUGGUGGUGCAUGGACGAAGCGACGCAUGGUGGGCGUUGAGGCUGUCGCACUACGCGGACACAGGGCGCCUGUGACAGCGUUUCCGUUAGCCACGACGAGAUGAUGCAAUUUUGCCCCCUCGCGAGCCGCCGGGGUGUUGAUGCAGAACGCCAUGGGCCAUGCUCAAGGUAUAGCGUCGCGAACUAGGGAUGCAGCGGAGGCUAGCGUAGCGUUGAUGUUGCAGGCCACAAAACAGCUCGUGUUAGUCGGCCCUCAAGCAUGCGCACACAGGUUGACCGAGCGAGGGAUUUUACAGCCCGCAUUGUUACCAAUGUUGGAUGUUGUGCGGGAAUUUUGAACCUUCCUUCUCUGCUAUGCGCGCUUCCCGAUGCGUAUUCUGCAAGAAGGCGCUUUGCUUGCGAACAUCACCAUUAGUUGGACGAGGCGGUGAAGAGAAAAACGAGGACAAGAGCUGGGUGGCGCGCAGCGGCGGCAAGUCGGAAUGCUCCAGGUGGUGGCGAGCCAGUCAGAGCGUUAGAUUGCGUCCCCGCAUGGGCUCGAGUGUGCACAGAUGGACCAGUAGUGUGGCAGAUAGCAGUGAAAGCACCGAAAUUACUGAAUCACACGGGGCUGCGCAGGGCGAAACGUGGGAUGGGUAUAAUUUGUUGUUUCCCAGAGACACGCAUCUGGCGCCAUAUGGAGCUAACGAUUGGCCUGAGACUGCAAGCAUUCCCAAGUCUCGGCCAAAACGGUCUUGGUUGGUGAACGCAGCCAGUGCUGGUUUGGGUCAAAGAUCGUCUCUGCUUUAGCGAAACAGUCUCGUCUGGGCCCCAAACACCAGCGGAGCCCAUUCACGUCACAAAAACGCGGCUGAUGUCACAGAAGCCGUGGUCGAGGCUUGGCGUAGCGCUGAGGACGCUUUGGCAAUGGAUCUCAUCGAGCAUAUGGUCUGGCCUCCCUUGCCUUUGGUGCAUGCACCUCAGAUGCAGACUCUGACUCGGCCAGCGAAUUGCAGCACAGGCCUGCUCGCAUGUGGGUAACCCAUGUCAGGAUGGCUUCGUUGUACGUCGAGAAAAGGUGGCUCGAAGCAAGGCUCGCUGGCGUUGCAUGCGCCGAAUAGAGGUCAUCUAGAAAGGGCUACGCAUCUCGUUCGUGGGGGGCUACCCAAUGGUGUGGGCUUGUUGCUAAUGCUCCCGCAGCUGUGUUGAUGCUCUGCCAUGAUAUUCCACGAUGACUGGCCCGCUUGGGUAGGGAGAGUGGUCCCUUCACUUACAACGACGUGCAUUGCAUCCAAUCAACCUCCAUGGCGGGCAACGCGAGUAAGCGGAGCAUUGCCUCUUUGCGUAGGGAUACAUUACAGCGCGCCACUACCGACAAGCCGCCCCGUGCGCCAAUGGACGGGGAUGUAUUUUUUUGGAGUCUCUUGGCUGUUGCCAACCUUUCUCUUUCGGCUGGGAGGUCUUCGAUUGCCAGACUACUGUCAGAAUGCGCACAGCGACGGUGGACAUGCUGUCUUUAUCGCGAUAUACUGGCAACAACCACUGUAUGUAGCGCUGACGGACGCUCGGGCGUGCUAGUGACGGGCAACUUUUUUGAUAGACGUGAUGGGCCCAAUGAAUUGACAAGCUGGUGGGGUAAGUCGUGUAAAUGAAAUCUCGACUGCACACCCUAAGCUUGCCGCUGGCAAAGCAGACGAUGCCGCCUUGAGCGCUGGCAGUGUACUCUAUACAACACACAGUAUCUGAUUCUCGUUCAACUUGCAAGCGCUGGACCUGGCGUAGCACAGCCAGCCAGAGGGGGAUAUUGCGCUGCAGUGUGCCUGAACAUCACUGCGGGCGGGCUGCGAGAGACAGACACAUCGCAGCACGACCACUGCAGAGCUACGCACACGUAACAGAGAACCGUCUGGUGCAGCGACGGGCAUGGAGGUUGCACCAGAUCAAGACGGCGGACUAAUCCGUCGCAAAGGCGGGCGGCAGAUGGGCGCCUGCAGAUGACGAGCCAAACACGGGUCGAUGAUUUGGUGUGGGCGGCGAGCCAAGGUUGCCGACACAAUGUCUCGAAGCCCCCCAGCCAGAUGUGUCGCAUGACAGUGGCCGGCCGUUAUUGCGAGAGGGGCGGCAGGUGGUUUAUGGAAGACGCUGCGAAAAGGGAAGAAUGGUGUUUAUGCUAUUUCUGUUUAGCAGCGUGUUCGGUAAACAAAUGCCCGGCGUGGAUUUUGAACGGUGCUCCCUGCAUGCCUGCGGUCGACACUAACGGGUAGUCAUGUGCGGUAUUGACUCUAAAAAGUGUGUAUCAGAUAAGAAAGGAAAUGGUUCCAAAGUAAACAAAGCCUGGUAGCGGAGGAGCAGCAACGGCGGGAUUUGCAAGCUGGAUGAGGAUCCUAGAGAAGAUAAAAAAAAAAAGAUACAAAGAUACAAAGAUACAAAGAUACAAAGAUACAAAG